UGCGCCAGGGCUAUUCCAUAUGAAGUCUGUUGGACAGCGUUUUUCCUUGUGAUAAUAGUAGGUGUCGCUGUUCACCGUGUUCCAGACUGUAGCCCUGGCUGGCCCAAAUACCAUGUGACUAGCUGGGAGGUAGAAACUGAAAGGCCAUUUUCAAAUCUCAUUGGUUUACUUGUCAUGUGGCUGUGCAGAGGCAUCCACAAUUACAUUGAGAAUGUUUUCCUAGAGAUGUCAGCCUACAAAGGACACAAUCCUUCUUCUUCAAAUUCCUCCCCAAAAUGUCCUUUCCAAACAGCUCUCCUGCUGCAAAUACCUUUUUAGUGGAUUCUUUGAUCAGUGCCUGUAGAAGUGACAGUUUCUAUUCUAACAACGCCAGCAUGUACAUGCAACCUAGCACAGACAUUGGGACUUAUGGGAUGCAAACUUGUGGACUUUUACCCUCCCUGGCUAAAAGAGAAGUCAAUCACCAAAAUAUGGGUAUGAAUGUACAUCCCUAUAUACCUCAAGUAGACUCCUGGACAGAUCCUAACAGAUCUUGUCGUAUAGAACAACCUGUUACACAGCAGAUCCCUACUUGCUCCUUUCCUACAAAUAUUAAGGAGGAGACCAAUUGCUGUAUGUAUUCUGAUAAGAGAUCAAAAGUCAUUUCAGCAGAGGUCCCCUCAUACCAGAGGCUGGUAUCUGACAACUGCCCUGUUGAUAACUCAGAAGUCCCUGUCCCAGGAUAUUUUAGAUUGAGCCAGACUUACGCCAGUGGGAAGCCUCAAGAGUAUAGUAACAACCAAGAUUCCAGUUCAUCUUUAAUGUUGCAACUAAACCCUCGCGGCUCAUCCAAACAGCAGAUAUCUUCUCAACUUCAGAUGGAUAAGAAAAUGAAUGACAAUGCCACCAGCCAAGACUCUGCUAAAGUGUCUCCAGUACAAAGCCCUGAGUCCAAAUCCACAUUACAGGAGGAGAGGAGCUGCAUGGCUGAUGUGUCUGUGUCUAGCCCAGAAAUACAAGAAAAAGAGACUAAAGAAGAAAUCAAGUCUGAUACCCCAACAAGCAAUUGGUUAACAGCAAAGAGUGGGAGAAAGAAGAGGUGCCCUUAUACCAAGCAUCAGACAUUGGAGUUAGAAAAAGAGUUCUUGUUUAAUAUGUAUCUGACGCGAGAGCGCCGCCUAGAGAUCAGUAAGAGUGUGAACCUCACUGACCGCCAGGUCAAGAUCUGGUUUCAAAAUCGGAGAAUGAAGCUAAAGAAAAUGAGCAGGGAGAAUCGAAUCCGCGAAUUAACCGCGAAUCUGACUUUUUCUUAAGACUACACAAAAAAAUUUAAAUAAAAAAAAUAAAUAAAAAACAUAAAACGUUUGACAAAGCAUCAGCCAUUGCUAAAAGCAGGAGAGACUUUGAAACCAUUUCACAACCAUGUCUGUGAUCCUGAAUGUGAUUAUUUCUCAUUUUUUUAGUGCUGCAAGUCUCUAUAUUGUUCGUCCAUGGGUAUAUAUAUAUAUAUAAAAAAAAAUAAAAAAAAUGAACACUAGCACAUGUAAUUUAUUUUUAUUAUUGUUCUUUUUUUGUUGUAUUUUUUUAUCACCGUAUGGCAGGGUAAAUAUGAUGAAAGUUUAUCAUUCGGUCUUAACUUAUUCAACAUA